CAUGCAUUUUUGGUGGUCAUCUUGCCGAAAGAAAGUUGUCGCGCAAAAGCACAUCUUAAUUUUUAGUUGAUAUUUCUAUGAACAAAAAACAAACAAAAGAAAAGGGAGUUGAUCAGAAGAUGUAUAUGAAACGGUCUUCAAGGACCCAUUCCAGAAUGGAACAGGAUAUCGGCCUUUGGGCCGAUUCCGAAUUUCCAGGGAUAGCUUUGUCACACUCCAAUUAGGAAAAUGGCCUACAUGACAAUCAUUCGGAAACAGGUAUACUAGACACAUGCACUCAAUACUGACUGAAUAACUCGUACCGAUGAAACCCAGCAGGAGGUUGAAGGGAGCAGGCCAAACAAAAAAGAAAACAGUCGCUGACGCUGCCCUCCAGUGGUGGCAAGAGAGCCUACACGCCCAUUUGUCAAAUCCUGGCACCGAGCGCCAUCCACCUCCAAAUUCGACGUCACUCUGUGGAGCUCAUCAAACUGAAAUUGCACUUGCAGAUAAGCCACAAUCGGACAAACACUGAACAGAUACGCGCCAUGAAGUAAAACAAAGUUGACGUGUGGAUUUGUAUCCUUCCUGGCAUCAAAGCAGGAGGGACUCUUAACGAGGAUUUGAAGGCGACAUCCAUCCUCCAUGCGCGGAAUGUUUACCCAAUGUGACGUGAGUUGUUCAAGUCUUCGCCUGGAAAUGGCAUGUAAACCUUUCGACCGGUUAUCACCUGUUUAGAUAGCGUCAGCUGAUAACUGCCUCCCGCCUGCCUGACCGUUGAACCCUGGCUCACCGUAUAUAAGUAUCGUUCCGGAAAAGGUGCCCGCUCUACCUGGCAUCGGCCGCUCCGACGCUGCAGCCUACGACGGGCGGCGCAUACAAAAGACAGAGACGGGCGCACACGGAGAGAGAUGGGCUGCUGUAACAGAAGGUGCGGGCUCAUUGCCGGAGCCGUCAUCGGGGCGGCGGCGGCCCUGCUGGGAGGCAUCCUGAUCCCGGUCGGGAGCGGUCUCAUCGAGGAAACCGUCUUACAGAAAGCCGUCAUCGCGCCCGGGACGCCGGCGUACGAGAACUGGUUGUCCCCGGGCGGAGCGGUCUACAGACAGUUCUGGUUCUUCGAUGUGCAAAACGCCAGGGAGGUGAUAGAGAAAGGUGUCGCGCCGGUGGUCGUGGAGAAGGGACCUUACACCUACUUGACCAGAUACUUGCCCAAAGCGCACAUCACCUUCAACCCCAACGACACCGUCUCCUACCUGCUCCCGCAAGGUGCCGUCUUUGAGCCGUCCUUGUCGGCGGGACCGGAACAGGACAACAUCACCUCUCUGAACUUGGCCGUGGCGGGGGCGUACUCGAUGAUUCCCAAAGGGCUGCAUCCCCUCCUGGAGACCAUGAUCAAGGGCAGCAAGUCAUCCUUGUUUCAGCACCGCAGCGUCAGGGAGCUGCUGUGGGGGUACAAAGACCCCAUGUUGAAAUCCACCGUGGGCAUUUUUGCACCGUACAACGGCACUUUUGACGGCUACUACAACAUCUACAGCGGCAAGGGCGACAUCAGCCAAGUGGGCAUGAUCGACAAGUGGCGAGGAUCCAGGAGUCUGAGCUUCUGGGACGACAAGUACUGCAACAUGAUCAACGGGACAGAUGGUUCUAACUUUGCUCCUUUUGUGGACGCAACAAAGCCCCUCUUCUUCUUUUCCUCGGACAUCUGCAGGUCGGUGUCAGCCAGCUACGAGCGGUCCACGGUCCUGAAGGAGAUUCCGGUGUACCGCUUCGGACUCCUGGCGUCCACCCUCGCCUCGCCGGCGGACAACCCCGACAACCACUGUUACUGCCGGGAUCCCAAGACCACCAAGAACUGCACCAUAGCGGGAGUGCUGGACAUCAGCUCCUGUCAAGACGGACAACCCAUCUACAUCUCCUUGCCGCACUUCCUUUAUGGUAGUCCGUCCCUGCAGGAGGCCAUAAGGGGGCUCGACGCCAACGAGGAGCAUCAUAAGACCUACCUGGAUGUGGAACCUAUAACAGGAAUUACCCUUGGGUUUGCGAAGAGAAUCCAGGUGAACAUGAUGUACGGACCCUCCAACGUCAUCACGGUGCUGAAGAAAGUCAAUGAGACCACAAUUUUCCCUCUGGUCUGGAUGAACGAGACGGCGGAACUGGACGACGAGUCUGCGGGUCUGCUCAAGGUGGAGCUGGUGGACCGGAUCAAGAUGUUAGACGUGGUCCAGAAAGUCCUGCUGGGCUCGGGCCUGGCCGUCUUCGCCCUCUGCCUGCUCCUGUACACCGCCGUCAGGUGCAGCGACGACAAGUCGCAGACCGUCUGAUGCUUCUAUUUUGAUACGGACUUAUUAUUUAUAAUGUCCCCUUUCCCUUUGAUAUUCAUACUGUGAUUUUUGUAAACUUGACUGAAGUAGUGUCACUUUAAUUCAAACAAUCAGGGAUUUUGGGCCUUCUUCUUUAAAUAAGCUAUUUCAAGGCUACAGGAUGUGCUACAUGCUAAUUCUCUUGAUUUGUGUUUAUUAUGCUUUGUGGCUUCAAAGGAAUAAAAGUACAGCUUAA